CAUUUCAAUAAAAAUGCAAUGCAGUCAAAUGUCUCAUAAGUCAUAACAUGUGUCCGUAAUUUCCUUAAAACCAAAAUUUAAGCCCAAAAUUUUAACAGUUUUUCUCCAAUUUUCCCUAAUUUAUAUUGUAUCAUGUUAUAAGAAAAAGAAUAUACAAUGAGUAUUUAUCAUGACGAAGUUGAAAUUGAAGACUUUGAAUAUGACGAAGAAGAGGAAAUGUAUUACUACCCUUGUCCCUGUGGCGAUAGAUUUCAAAUUUCUAAGGACGAAUUAAUUGAGGGAGAAGAAGUAGCUACAUGCCCCAGUUGUUCUCUUAUUGUGAAAGUCAUUUAUGAUCCUGAAAUGUUUAAAGCGGAAGACGAUGAAGAACAACUUCACAAUAAGCUGAAAGACUUGAGCUUGGAAAAGAACUAAACGGGGGAAUGCAAUACUGCUGAUGAGAAACAAGGGAAUACAAAAAUGAAUUUGCAAAGUGCGGAAUUGAAGCUACAAUUACAAUAAUUCGUAAAAUCCGUUCGCUUGGUGCAAAGAGGGGGUAUUCGAUAUCCCAAAUAAUUAUUGUUUAAUGGCUUAUUCAUUUACCUAUUAGUCAUGCUUAGUGGCAUCGCACUUUGUAAUAUAGGCGGAGUUUAUAGAUUUGAAAAAAAAAAAAAAAUAAAUAAAAAAAAAAAUAGGUAUUUAGUUUUUGUUUGGUGUUUUCUUUCCUUUUUUAUAUAAAAUCUCUAGCCUAGCUAGAUUUAAUUUACGUUCAAAAAUGUACAAAUGGACAACGAAGUGUGUGUGUGUGUUAUGUGAGAUUAUUACAUUGAGUACUUUGUUGUAUGUUUCUUUUUUGUUUCAAGAUUCGCGAGAAGUUUUUUUUAUUUUUUUGUUCUUUUUAUUUCAGUUAAGAAGAAUAAAACAUACAUACACGGAGUUUAAAAAUGUUUAAUUCGGGUGUUGUUCCCGAAGGAACUAUGGAUGGGAUAUACUUUUGUAUUCUAAGUAAAUUGAUACCCGUGGCGGAUGAUGCACUACUGUUCUAACCAAGAACCUGUUGCUGUGUUUGGAGAUUUCAACUGUGAAAUAAAAAAAAUAUUAAUAAUUUUCUUCUAAA